UGCCCUAUCCCUGCCCUGCUUUAAUGGCACGCCAAAUGUCUGCGUUCUCUAGGCCCCUUUCUACUAUGUAUUCCCUUCCGACUGAUAUAUCUAAUUUCGCUGUGAACAGAGGGACUCGCAUUGCCGCAGUAGACUCUGUUUCCCGUGCGAAAUAAGUGGUACCCGCUUCUAACCAAAACAGAAGAUUGUUGAAUUUUGUGUAAAGUGGUAAUGACCGAUAGAGCAAACACAAUGAAGUUGGAAGCUGAAAUGGCUACACCGUUGCAUCUGCAAAGAUUAGAACGUAGCCUCAAUAUACAGCCUUUCUUGAGACAAAUCAACGAUCUCUUUCAAGAACAAGCUAGUGAAGAUGACAAGUCUGUUUCAUCGGAAUCUUCUGAUGGAUCAGAUGCUUACAUUGAAAAUGUACUCACUCGAAAAGAAGAAGCAAGAAUCAAUAAACUAAGGGUAUACAAUAUGUCAAGUGUGGGAGAGGAACGCCGAUGGUUACAAGAUAUUCUAUUAAGCGACUCCUCUGAUAGUUCCGCAUCUGGUUCUGAUACAGAUAACCCAAUCACGGAAGACGAUUUUCAAGAGAUGUUGAAAGUCCAUAUUUUACGAAAAAAAUAUCAAGGCCGUUUCUAUCAAAAACCAGAAAAUAUACAAUACCAAUACUAUAGCGCGGGCUUAUUGUCGAAUUAUGAUAGAUUUUUAGAGCAUCAAAAGCUAAUUGUAGGAAAUAAAAAAAAGAAAGAAAAGAAGCCUGACAAAAAAAUCAUGAAAAUUAAGAAGGAAAAAAUUAAUCGUCAUCGAACAUCCGAAGAGUAUCAUAAAGGAGAUUUUCCGGAAGGAGAAUGGGAUAAAUCAAUUCCAAGGGAGGAAGAGUUAGAUGAGGCUGAAUUAGAAGCCAUAAUGCGUCAUCAGCCACGAGCUAGAGGGAGAAAGAAACAUAAUACCAAGAGCGUGGAAGUAAUGACGAUGAGAAGAAGAAAAAUAUGGGUCAUGAUGUCUAAGAAAGAACUGGGCAAAGUACAACGGGCAAAAUCUAACAAUCACAAGGAAAUGCUAAUAAGUUGUAAAAAGGUAGCACAGCAUUGCAUGAAAUAUUGGAGGCAGAAAGCUAUGCAGUCGCAGAAAAAUAUGAAGGAGACUAUCUGGAGGGCCAAACGUUUGACAAGAGAAAUGCAGUCUUAUUGGAAACGUUACGAUCGAGUUGAACGGGAAACUAGGAGAAGAUUAGAAAAAGAAGCUGAGGAACAGCGUAAAAUGGAUGUAGAGCUUAUUGAAGCAAAACGUCAGCAAAGAAAAUUAAAUUUUCUCAUCACUCAAACAGAGUUGUACGCUCAUUUUAUGUCACGAAAGUUGGGCAAAGCAUCACCAGAGGAACAGUUGAGAAUUCUGAAUCAAUUGGAUGAAGAAAAGAAUCCCAGACUUAUUGGCAUCGACGAUUACGAUAGUGAGGCCAUGAAACUGAAAGCAAAGAAAAACGCUACUGAGGCGUUUGACAAUGAGAAAGCCAGGACUAAGCAAUUUGAUACAGUUACCGCAUCUCAAGAAUUGCGUCUCAGCGACACACCUGACAAUUUGGAACACCCUCAACCCUCAAUUUUCAAAGGAAAUUUGAAAGGUUAUCAGUUAAAGGGAAUGAAUUGGUUGGCGAACUUGUACGAUCAGGGUAUCAGUGGAAUAUUAGCUGAUGAAAUGGGUCUGGGAAAAACUGUGCAGUCUAUAGCAUUUUUGUGUCAUGUCGCUGAGAGAUAUUCUGUUUGGGGACCAUUCCUAAUUAUAUCACCCGCUUCGACACUGCAUAACUGGCAACAGGAAAUGGCAAGAUUUGUACCGGUGUUCAAAGUGGUUCCGUAUUGGGGUAACCCUCAAGAACGCAAAAUACUCAGGCAAUUUUGGGACACUAAAGAUUUGCAUACAAAAGAAGCAUCUUUCCAUGUAGUAAUAACGAGCUAUCAAUUAAUAAUUACGGAUUAUAAAUAUUUUAAUAGAAUAAAAUGGCAAUACAUGAUUUUGGACGAAGCACAAGCUAUAAAGAGCACAAGCAGUAUGAGGUGGAAGCUGUUAUUGGGAUUCAGUUGCCGUAACAGAUUAUUGCUCAGUGGUACUCCUAUACAAAAUAGCAUGGCAGAAUUAUGGGCAUUGUUACAUUUCAUUAUGCCGACUUUGUUUGAUUCGCACGACGAAUUUAACGAAUGGUUCUCCAAAGAUAUCGAAAGUCACGCGGAAAAUAAAACGGGCAUAGACGAGAAACACUUAUCAAGGCUACACAUGAUCCUGAAACCUUUCAUGUUACGAAGAAUAAAAAAGGACGUAGAAAAUGAGCUAUCUGAUAAGAUUGAAGUGAUGGUAUACUGUCCGCUUACGACGCGUCAAAAGUUGCUUUAUUCAGCGUUGAAAAAGAAAAUUAGGAUAGAGGACUUAUUGCAUUACACGGUCGGUGGAGGGGACACUGCAUCCAACGACAAAAAUUUUACUUCCAAUUUAAUGAAUCUAGUCAUGCAGUUCCGAAAGGUCUGUAAUCAUCCAGAACUCUUCGAACGUAGGGACGCUAAAUCGCCGUUUUUUAUGAACACUGAAUUGUAUAAUCUGCCCGUUUUGCUAUAUAACGAAGGACUUUUGCAUCUAGCGUUACCAUCUAAGGAUCAUUUGUUGUGUAACAAAUUGUUCAUAUUCGCCGCGGAAUAUAUUCAUCGUGCUCUUCACUGUAACGAAGACUCGAGCGAAAAUACAUUUUCAUUUAGUAGAUUUAUCAAUUUAUCCCCGAUGGAGUUGAAUAAGAUUUUUAUUGCUGGUACUUUAUUUAGAUUAUACUUAAUAACGUUAAUGGAGAGACGAUUAAAAAUGGUACAGUACUGGGAUAAUUGGUGCGUCGAUAACAGAUCGAGGACGCCCAUGAAUCAAAUGUUUCAUUUGCCUAAAAAGAUCGAGGCUUUAUCGGCGACGUCGCAGGAUUUGUUAUUCACGAGGAAGAUAAUCGAAGGCGAGGCUUUAUACGUGCACACCGCCCAUAAGAUACAUUCGAUGCCGGAAACUGUUGCUCACAGAAUACUGCGUAGCAGUAAGAAAUCUGCUAAUCAAUUGCUGAAAUUACAGAGAAUACUUCCUGCUGGCAAAACGGAACAAGCGGAGGACUCAAAGUUAGCCUUGCUACCUGAGCAUCCUCAUCAUCCGCGACAACCCAUAAUGCGAUAUUGCCAAGAGACUAUGAUUCCCGCCUUCGUUUGCGACAAAAAUCCCAAGGUUCAAGCUAGUCCGCGUAAAUUAUACGUUAGUAAUAGUUCCGCGGCAUGUGCUUGGAGAAGGCACGAGGAAUGCGGCGGAUUAUUCGGUCAGAAAUUACUUUGGUUCGGCUGUGAACGGGCACUUUCUUUGUCGGAAGAAAAUCCGGGUAUACGUAUCGGUCAAACAAUGUCAACGUUUUGCUAUCAACCGCUGGGCGGAUUGUCCGCGUGUGCUCCUGUUAAUGGAUGGUCAAAUAUCAUUGUGCCGGAUAAACAAACGUUAGUAACGGACGCUGGCAAGCUCUCUGUGUUAGACAGCCUCUUACGACGUCUGAAAGAACAAGGACACAGAGUGCUCAUUUAUUCUCAGAUGACGAAAAUGAUCGAUUUGCUGGAGGAAUACAUGUACCACAGGAAACACACCUUCAUGAGGUUGGACGGUUCGUCGAAAAUUUCGGAUCGUCGGGACAUGGUAGCAGAUUUUCAGAAAAGAGCGGACAUAUUCGUCUUUCUGCUUAGCACUAGAGCUGGCGGCCUGGGAAUCAACCUUACCGCAGCAGACACGGUCAUAUUUUACGACAGCGAUUGGAAUCCCACCGUAGAUCAACAAGCUAUGGAUCGCGCCCACAGACUGGGGCAGACCAAGCAAGUCACGGUCUACCGAUUAAUAUGUAAAGGAACUAUCGAGGAGCGAAUUCUACAGAGAGCACGCGAGAAAAGCGAGAUUCAACGCAUGGUCAUAAGCGGCGGAAACUUCAAACCUGAUACUCUGAAGCCCAAGGAAGUGGUCUCGCUUCUAUUGGAUGACGAAGAAAUCGAAGCUAAAUACAGCCAACGAAGCGAGGAGAGAAAGCAGCAGCGAGCGGAGGAGGCUCGCCUCGAGUCGAACCUACAGCACAAGGAGAAGGACCGGAAGAGGAAGUUAACCGCGCUUCCGGUCAAGAGCGACGCGAAGAAGCUGUGCCUCGUCGACGCUAAUGGCGACAAAAACAACGAUGCUGUUCAAGUUAAUGUUAAUGAGCCCAAACCGAUCGCCAAUCCGAUUCAGUCACAGCACCAGAACAAUCAUCAUCAGCAGCAGUUAGAAAAUGCGGAUAAUUAUAGCACGCCGACCAGCCCGGCCAAGUCUGAGGACGAGACAAGCAACGAGGGUCUGGUGGUCGACGUGGACGGCCCGGUGGCGGUUUCCGGCGGCGACGCUCGCCAAGUUCGAGGCAAUGCUCAGUUUGGCGAACCGUCCAAGGUCGCUCGACUCGGUCAUCACUUCGCUUUUGGUGUGAAUGCCGGCGCACGUAUGCGACAAUCUGUACGCGGCGCUAGCAAACGCGGUAGGCCGCGAGGCUCUCGUAGAGGAGGCCCAAUCGGCGGUAAAGGCAGAGGUGCGCUUCUCUCACAUCUGCCGUCCAAAUCCUGCAACGCGGUAGGCAGUCAGUCUCCAUCUUCUUUGUCGCCGACCGGUGGUGGCAAUGGUGCUGGCUCUUCUAGCGAACAGACGGCGCAGCAGGGAGGGCACACUACCACCGGUCCAGCCGACGGCGACGGCCCCAGCACGGUAGGUCCUUUAGGUCCUCUGAGUACUCUGACUCCUUUAUCCGGACGUGGCAACAUCGCGGGGAUUCGCAGAGGCCCCGGAAGACCGAGACUGCGACCUACCGGACCCGGACACCAAGGUUACCGCAAUCCCGGACAUCAUCACCAUGGUAAGAAAGUCCAACGAUCGUUACCGGUGCCGAUCAGGUCCCAGCAAACAAUCGCCGGUCAUCAGCACAAGGCGGCUCCGCAGCAGCAACGUCCCAGCAUCUCGACGCCCGGCUCUUCGUCGUCAUCGUCGUCAUCGUCUUCGUCGUCCUCAUCGUCAUCGUCGUCGGUCCCCGUCACCACCGCGAACUCAACGCAGCUGUUGACUGUCGCGUCGUCCUCAACGGAAGGGCGACCCUUCGGCUUCUACACGCAGCAACAGCAGCCACGUGGGCCGUCGUAGUCGCGCGAAACGUGAGAUCGGUCACCCGCCCGAAUGACGCGACUUCGACGAGACUCUUGUUCUCCGUUUCUUCUUUCCGACCGCGAUAACCGAUCCACGGAUCGACAGGACUGUGUGUGAGAGCAGACACGAUGUUUCCUUUACGAAGAAAGAAAUUGUGUGCGCUGUAUCGAUGUUCCGACAGACUCGAUUAAGAUUAUCGGUGGUCUUUGGCAGAACGGAACGCUUAGAAAGCGAUCGUGGCAAGUUACUCGAGGAUCCGGGGAUUCGUCGUGGAAUUAUUUAUGAUUGGUAUCGGAAACGCGAGUUUCGGAGGUUGGUAGAAAGUUCCCGAUCGCGAUUUUGUCCCCCCUUUCUCCGGAUGUCAUGAAUCUCUUUCGUGAUCGAUCAGUCGUCACCACGUGACAAAACACACGGUAGCGGUUUUCUCCAGUCUCGGCGUGAGAUACCAUUGUAGAUUGCUUCCGAUCAGUUUCUCUUGCUUGAGAACUUGUUAAACGGGAAGUUUUAUUACGAAUAUCCGAAACAAUCAUUUUUCCAUUGUGAGAAGGACGAUGCGAUUGGAGAUUUUUUCGUUCGGUAACGUAUCCUCGGUAUAUAUUUUUACAUACACUGAAAAAGAUUCAAAUAAAUAACUAUUCCAAUAUUCCUUAGCAAAUUUUUAU